UCAUAUCUCAGCGAUUUACUUGCUACUCAAAAGCUUCUACUGCCAAUUCGCAGAAUGCAUCUCAAAUCUCGUAACUUUCUGGCGGCAUUGUUCGGUAGUUUAUUGUUUUCUUUUGUAAAUGCCAAGCUUUCAAUUAGAGGUAUUUCUGAAAGUGAAUUGCAUCUCUAUAAACCAACUGCAAACGGGCAAUGGAAAUGUUUAGGAAGCGAUAAAACGAUUGGUUUUGAACAAAUUAAUGAUGACUACUGUGAUUGUCCAGAUGGAUCUGAUGAACCUGGGACUUCUGCUUGCUCAAAUGGAAAGUUUUUCUGCAAGAAUGAUGGUUACAUUAGCAAGUACAUUCCUUCAAAUUGGGUUGAUGAUACGAAAUGCGACUGCUGCGACGGUUCAGAUGAGUCUUUAAUUAAGUGUGAAAAUACUUGCAAGAAAGAAGCCGAAGUCUAUAAACAGUCUUUAACGAAACAUAAUCAACUUGUAAAUGAUGGCCUAAAAAUUCGGGAUGACUGGAUAGCCCAAAGUGCUGUAAUGAAGAAGGAAACAAAGAGAAAGUACGAUUCAGUAUCAGUGAAAAUAACAGAAAUCGAGAAAUUGAAAAAAGAACUCGAAAACACAGUGCAAACGUUAAAACAGUCUCCGGAAUCAGAUAGUAGAUUCGUUCUCUCAACUGAUUUAGAAGAAAUUAAGAAUGACUUAUUCAAUUUGCUUGAUGAGAGAAAUGAGUACAAUGAACGUCUGAGUGCUUUGGAGAAUCUUUUAGAUGAAAUCUCUCUUCAGUAUGAAACAGAUAAUUUUGAUGGAACAUUGAAAGAAGCCUUGGAUUCUUGGGAGGAUCUCAAAUCUCAAAACAUAAAAAGAAAGGUUUCCUCAGAAAAAAUUCACAAUGACUUGGAAUCAUCUUUGACACAUCUUUCUCGGAUUGCUAAAGAAGAAGCUACUUAUUUUAGCUUCUUUAAAAAAAUUGAGAAAGACCUAACGGAAAUUUAUUGGAAUGUGAAGCGCUCUUUAAUUGAUUUCGGAAUACUAAGUCCUAGUAUUCCUGCCACAUUAUUAAAAACGGCUGAAGGAGGUUCUUACUUGGAGCGUAUUCAUUCUGACUUGGAUGCAGCAGAAGAUGAAUUGGAAAAUCUGCAUAAAGAACAGGCUACUCUUCUUGAAGAUUUGCAAGAGCACCAUAAUGGUUGGGAUAAUCUGUAUCGGUUCAUGAAAGGGAUGAAGACAGAGCUUAAAGUUGGUGACUAUCUGUACAAAAUCCUUUUCUUUGAAAAUGUUUAUCAGGAUUCUAUUAAUUUAGGGAGCUUUUCAGAGCAAAGUGGAAACACACUUAAAUAUUUGAACGGUCAAAGCUGUUGGAACGGUCCUGAUCGAUCUGCCACAGUCGUCGUUGAUUGCGGAACUGAAAACGAAAUUGUUAGUGUUUUAGAAGCUCAAAAGUGUGAAUAUACCAUAAAGAUGAAAAGUCCUGCAGCUUGUUCGCCAUCUCAAUUUCAGACAUCCUUGUUGAAGGAUGACAAUGACGUUCCUGAUGAGCUUUAGAUUGACUACUUUUGAUACUAUUUAUAAAAAUUUAUUAAGGUAACUCUUAUGAAUUUACUGUUUUUAUCAAUACCUAUUUCGUUGAUGAGCAUAGAUAAUAAAGGAUAUUGUAUUUUCACUUAAUGCAUACAGAUGCCUUACAGAAAUUAGACACCUAUUCAUGCAGUGAAUUCAGUGAAAAUGAAAAGGGAAAUAAGUAUAUAAACUUAAAAAGACUAUGA